AUGUCUGUGGGCACAGUCCUGCUCUGCCUGCUGCUCACGCUGCACUGUGUCGAAGCCAAGAAGCUCCAUGGACAAAAAGCAGUGAAGGAUGCGUCUCGGAGUGUGGUCCUCAGCUUCAGAGAGCCCUAUGUCCCCAGUGCAGUGUUCGGGCUCUUCCUCCAAGGUGAAGACACCUGCAGCCUGGAUCUGGCCCAGCUGCACACACUGACCUCCUGCGGCUUCAACAGCAGUAAUCCCCUCAUCAUCAUCACUCACGGGUGGUCGGUUGAUGGAAUGAUGGAGAGCUGGGUGCUGAGGCUGGCCACUACAAUGAAAAACAAUGUGAAAGAUGUGAACGUGGUGAUUAUAGACUGGCUCAAUCUGGCUCAUCAGCAUUACCCCAUAGCAGUUCAGAGCACCCGCACUAUUGGAAAAGAUCUUGCUUAUUUUCUCACGUUACUCAAGGACUUUUUCCAGUUUCCAGCCAAGAAGGUACAUUUAAUUGGCUACAGUCUUGGAGCCCACAUCUCUGGAUUUGCAGGGAGUUAUAUGAAUCCUACUGAAAAGAUUGGAAGAAUAACAGGCCUAGAUCCAGCUGGUCCGCUGUUUGAAGGCAUGUCCCCCACUGACAGACUGUCUCCAGAUGAUGCAGAGUUUGUGGACGCGAUUCACACUUUCACUCGUGAGCGAAUGGGCCUCAGUGUUGGUAUCAAACAAGCAGUGGCCCACUUCGAUUUUUAUCCAAACGGAGGAGACUUCCAACCAGGAUGUGACCUGCACAACAUUUAUGAUCACAUCUCCGAGUAUGGCCUGCAUGGUUUUCAACAGACGAUGAAAUGUGCCCAUGAGAGAUCGGUCCAUCUUUUUAUAGAUUCUGUGUUGAACAAGGAUCGGCAGAGCAUGGCCUAUAGGUGCAGCGACAACAGUGCGUUUGACAAAGGCGUGUGUUUGGACUGCCGCAAAAACCGCUGCAACACACUGGGCUACAACAUCAAGAAAGUGGCAACUGGAACAAGCAAGAAGCUCUACCUCAAGACACGCUCCCGGAUGCCUUAUAAACUCUUCCACUCUCAGUUCAGGGUCCAGUUCAUAAACCAAAUGGACAAAAUGGAGCCGUCUCUCACCAUUUCUCUCACGGGAACCAAAGAGGAGAGUGGAGAUAUCCCUAUUACAUUCACUGAGGACAUUUCAGGCAACAGGACAUUUACCUUUCUCCUCACCCUCGACAAAGACCUGGGAGAACUGAUGUUUCUGAAGAUACACUGGGAGGGCCCUGCCCUCUGGAGGAACAUGUGGGACCGUGUGCAGACCAUCAUGCCCUGGAGCGGUGGAAGCAGCAAACCUAUGCUCACUAUGGGGAGGAUCAGUGUCAAAGCUGGGGAGACACAAGACAGGACGUGUUUUUGUGCCUUGGCAGACGGUCAGCAGGUGCAGCCGUCCCUGGAUAAGGUGUUUGUGCGCUGCAAAGAGCAGACCAUCAAAGUGCGCAGGAAAAAGCACAGCAAUAUUUAA